AUGGACCAUGAUGAUUCAUGUAAUGCUGUGCAAUGUAUCGACGGUAGUGGAAAAGAUAUAAAAAGUAGCGAAAAGAUACCUGGUGGUGAAAAACAGAAUUUACCAGAAGAGCCUACACUAUCCGAAGGAUCAACAAAACCUAAAAUGGGUUGUGCGCCGUCAAAACCAAAAAGUGCAAAAAAACAAAAGACGACCGAAGAAGAAUCUACAACCAAGGAAAAAACUGGCAAUGCUCAACAAAUUAAUAAAGAACAAAACAAAUCUAAAACAAAUACUAAUCCUACCAAUCGACAAAUAUCAAACGCUUCUGCUCACUACAUGAGUGAUGAUGACGAUAAUGAAAAUAAUUCUAAUAAUAAAUCAUUUGCUCGUAUAACACGAUCAUCAUUGUUUUCAUCUAAACUUAGUAUUCGUUUUGAUGAUUCUGAUGAAGAGGAAAAUUCAUCAUAUACGUCAUGGGCUCAGCGUGAUAUAGCUGAAUAUCGUAAUGGUUAUCCAGAUGUACGACAAUAUCCGCAAAUAAAAGAUAAUUAUAAAUUUUAUGCGAAUAAAAUGCCUUCUUUUCCUCAUGGAGACUAUAUUGAUAACAUACAUGAUAAGUGGUUUGGUGAUUAUCAUCGAUUAGAAAUUCAUCAUGGUUAUAUUCAAUGGUUAUUUCCAUUACAAGAAAAAGGUCUUAAUUUUUCUGCUGAACCAUUGCAAAAACAUGAAAUUGAAUUAAUUAAAAAUGAUAUGAAAGCAUUAAAACGAAUAUUAACAUCUUAUAUACUCAUGCUUGAUUUUUAUGGUUUUGAAUUAGUUAAUGAAAAAACAGGUGAAAUACGUCGUUUACCUAAUGAUAAUUAUAAAUCACGUUUUCGUAAUUUGAAUACAUCAUCUCAUAAUUAUUUACGUAUUACUCGUAUUUUAAAAUGUCUAGGUGAAUUCGAUUAUGAACAUCUUAAAUUUCCUUUUCUUGAACAAAUAUUACGAGAAAGUAUUACAGAAAAUACAUUACCAAAUUGUCUUCGUUCAUGUAAAGAUUAUUGGAUUGAAACAUUGAAAAGUCGAGAUGAACGACGUGCUAUUCGACUUUAUGCAAGAGAAUUAAUUGAUUAUCAAAAAAAGGGAAUAAAACCACCACAAUCGCAUUGUGCUGUUCGACCAACAACAUCGGCAACAAAAAAACCUAAGCAAUCGCCUUCAAAAACAAUGAAACAACGUAAUGAUAGUGACUAA